UCCCUGGUUUCCGGACUUUCUGCCCAUUCCAGUUCAUACUUGAUUUCUGAUGAUGUCACCACAUCUUAAAUUUUUCAUCUUACUCUCGAUUUCUCUUGUUUUCUUUUCUAUAUCCCAAUUUCUUUUUAACAAAACUCCCUUCUUUACACGCUCACAUUACUCUGCUCCCAAAAAUAAACCGGUCCAUCUCCUUAUUGUGUCAUCCUGGAGAUCGGGUUCUUCAUUCCUUGGACAGAUCUUCAAUCAUCACAAUGACGUCUUUUACCUCUUUGAGCCUGGACACUCUAUCUGGAUGAAGUUUCAGAAUGAAAGUUCCGAGCUGCUACAUUUUCCCUUAAGAGAUCUUCUACGAUCGCUUUUCACCUGUGAUGUGUCCCCUCUUCAUCAGUAUCUUCCUAAUGGGGGAAAUCAUACUUCUGACUUGCGCUUCUUUGGAGAAACUCGAGCGCUCUGCACCCCACCAUUUUGUUCCGCCUUUAUUCCUUCUGAAGGUUACGAUCGCCUCAAGUGCUACCAUCGUUGCAAAAAUUAUUUGCUGGAUAGAAUGAAAGAAACAUGCAAGACAUACAGCCACGUUGUGAUGAAAACAGUCCGGAUUUUAGACCUUUCUGUUCUGCUUCCCCUUUUCCGAGACCCUGCUUUUAAUCUUCAUAUUUUGCACCUUGUAAGGGAUCCCCGAGCUGUUGCUUUGUCAAGGAAAUCCUUUAGUCUUAAUACUGAUGACCAUAUUGUACUUAAAGCUGAUGGAAAUAAAAAUAUUACAAUAAGCAGGGUAAUGGAGAAGAUUUGCAAAUCUCAGGUUGACAUCAACAAUGUGGCUAAAGCAGCUGAGGUGUUGCGAGGACGAUAUAUGGCAAUUCGACUUGAGGACCUUUCUAAUGAACCUCUUAAAUACCUUAAAAAAAUGUACAGUUUUGCUGGCCUGUCUCUCACUAAAGACCUGGAACAGUGGGUUUACAAUAUAACUCAUAAGGAGGUAGAAGAGUCCCUGACUUUCUCACGAAACUCCUCAAAGGUGGUCCAAAAAUGGAGAACUGAUCUGGACUUCAACUUCGUAAAACAGAUUCAAGACAACUGCAAAGAGGCAAUGGAUCGGUUUGGUUACAGGCCGGCAAGAUCCAAAACAGAACAGCAAAAUUUGACUCUGGACUUAGUAAAUAAAGAAUGGUCAUUGGAAUAAGCCAAAUAAUCCUGCACAAGUGAACAACAGUGUACCUCACAGCCCUAUACAACCUUCUGAUGCCACUAGGAAAGGUUCUCACUAGUGAUUUUUUUAUGAGAAUGCAGCGUGAUGAAUUGUUUUGCAGUGGCUUUGGCACAGAAGGCAGAACUUUAGUUUGCAGAUACCUAUACUUGAAAAACAUAAAAUGUCAAUGUCUAAUUCAAACCUAUAAUACACAUUGUGUGGGAGUGAAGUUAAUAACAAGCAUUGAUUUAUCGCAGU